AUAAGUUGACAAGUAGAAUAAAGUUGAUGGUGUUAUUUAUUACUAAGGUAGUACUGGUUAAGGGUUACUUGUGGGUACAGUUGGAGGAGGGGAAAGGAAGGAGAAUGCAGAUAACUAAAGUGAAAUAGAGCUGAUGUAUUCAGAGCUUAUGUUGCUAGAGCUGAGAUCGGUUACCUACCCGCAACUGAAAUUUCAAACUUCUGUUUAGCAAGGCCAUGAGUGGACAAUGGUGACUGAUGCUUGGAAAUAUUAGCAGACAUUGGAAAUUUUAUGCUCAAAUGAACAAGCAAUGAACCUGGAGACUAAGCCCAGCUUUUUUCGGUUCCUUACAAUUUUUACCUUUUUACUUAAAAGUACAGCAUCUUUUUCAAUGAAUGCCUACGUGACUUUGACUUAUUACAAUGAAACCAGCAACUACACUACAAUAGAGACAUGUGAGUGUGGUGUUUAUGGAUUAGCCUCGCCAGUGGCUAAUGCUAUGGGGGUAGUGGGCAUUCCCAAGAACAAUAACUACCAAGCUUGUGAGUAUGACACUGAGUUUACUAAUACUAAGAAGCCCUGGAUUGCCCUGAUAGAAAGAGGCAAUUGUACAUUUUCGGAAAAAAUUCAAAUAGCAGGCAGAAGAAAUGCUGAUGCUGUAGUGAUUUACAAUGCUCCAGAAACUGGCAACCAGACAAUACAGAUGGCCAAUUUCGGUGCAGGAAACAUUGUCGCAAUCAUGAUUGGCAAUCUGAAAGGCACAAAAAUUCUACAAUCUAUUCAAAGAGGCAUACAAGUAACAAUGGUCAUUGAAGUAGGAAAAAAACAUGGCCCUUGGGUGAAUCACUAUUCAAUUUUCUUCGUCUCUGUGUCCUUUUUUAUUAUCACGGCAGCAACUGUGGGCUAUUUUAUCUUUUAUUCUGCCCGAAGAUUACGGAAUGCAAGAGCUCAAAGCAGCAAGCAGAGACAAUUAAAGGCAGAUGCUAAAAAAGCUAUCGGAAGACUUCAGCUGCGCACACUGAAACAAGGAGACAAGGAAAUUGGCCCUGAUGGAGAUAGUUGUGCUGUGUGUAUUGAAUUGUAUAAACCAAAUGAUUUGGUACGCAUCUUAACCUGCAAUCAUAUUUUCCAUAAGACAUGUGUGGACCCAUGGCUGUUAGAACACAGGACGUGCCCCAUGUGCAAAUGUGACAUACUCAAAGCUUUGGGAAUUGAGGUGGAUGUUGAAGAUGGAUCAGUGUCUUUACAACUCCCUGUAUCCAAUGAAACAUCCAAUAGUGCCUCCCCCCAUGAAGAGGAUAAUCGCAGUGAGACCGCAUCGUCUGGAUAUGCUUCAGUACAGGGAGCAGAUGAACCGCCUCUAGAGGAGCAUGUGCAUUCAGCAAAUGAAAAUCUACAACUGGUAAGCCAUGAAGCAAAUUCUGUGGCAGUGGAUGUCGUUCCUCAUGUUGACAACCCAACCUUUGAAGAAGACGAAACUCCUAAUCAAGAAACUGCUGUUCGAGAAAUUAAAUCAUAAAAUAUGUGUCAAUAGAAAACUUGAACCUUUAGUAAUAAAAGAACUGCCAAUCAGGGCCUAGUUUACUAUUAAUGAACUGGAUAAACGUAAUAAAAUAAGAAUGAUACUGAAAGUGCUGAAAUGACUAAUAUUACCCUAUAGUUAAAUGACUUAAAAUAUUUAACCUAUUAACUUUUUUUCCACGAACACAUUAUAAUGUUUUUCAUAGGCAAGUUUCCUCUCAGUAGUGAUAGCAACACUUUUAAAUAUGUAAAACUCUCUUCAAAUAGUCAUGUUUUUCAUUUAUAACAAUUUUCUUAUGAGAACAUGUUGCUUUUAAAAUGUGGAGUAGCUGUAAUCACUUUAUUUUAUGAUAGUAUCUUAAUUAAAAAAUACUACUACUUUAGCUUGGGCUAUAUGUGUCAGGGUUUUGCUCCAGGUGCUUAUAUUGAUCUGGAAUUGUAAUGUAAAAAGCAAUGCAAACUUAGGCUAGUACUUCAUGAAAUGUCUAUUUAAGCUACCUUAAGUUGAUAGAACAAGAGCAAAGCAAAAUAUUCAUUUUAACUUUUUCUUGUUUUUAAAAUUAGGCUAAAUGUAUUUCAUGUGAGUGUUGAGCAUAGUUUAUCAGAGGAUAUGGACCGAAUUGACUGGUAUGCUAGUGACACCAAUUUGACUCAAGAUUAUAGACAAAAAAGUUCCUUACAGAAAUGCUAUGUAACUAUUUCUCAAACAUAUGGGAUUUUCAAAAGCUUAAUAUAUAAAAUUACCAUACUAUUUGAAAAUGGUAUUGAAAGAAUAAGUCACACAAUAAUCGGUAACUGACUUUUGUGCAUGAAUUAGUCUAUAGAAAAUAUUUUCCAAAUGAUGUUGACUUUGAAAACCGAGUUUACAUUUGACCUAAAUGGGCUAAAAUUAUACUUUAUAAACUUCUCUCCAUGUAGCUAUAAAUUUUGUGAAUGCAUUUUCUAAAUAUUUGAAAAAGAAUUGAGGGGGAGGUGAGAAUUCCAGGUGCCUUACUAUAAAGUUUGAUGCUUCAUCCACCAAAGUUAAAUAGAGCUAUUUAAAAAUGCACUUUAUCUGUAUUCUGCGUAGCUUAUUUUUUUGUUUUAGAGUUUUGUUUCCAGUGCAAAUUCCAGCAGAAUUUAGGCAAAAAUAGAAGACAUGUAUUUUUGUUUGCUGAAUAUAGAAUGGAUGAAACCUUUUCAUUCUUGUACACUGAUUUGAAAUGCUGUAAAUAUGUCUCAAUUUGUAUUGAUUCUCUUUAAAUAUAAAAUGUAAAUAAAAUAUUCCAAUAAAU